AUGGGGCGCUUUGAUUCCAGCUUGUGGAACGUCAAUAGCAUGAUGGUUGGUGGGAUUGACAUCACAAAAAGGACCAAUAACCCGCUCGAAAAGUACAACCGCGACUUCGGCGAGAAAUUUGGGCGUGGAGCUCAUCCAAGCUUACUGGCGUUCAUGGAUAUAGCUAAAGCCGAGGCACUACGUUACGUGAACCGCAUCCAUGCCAUCAAGCUGGGAAUUCAAACAGCGCCUCGCCACGCUGAAGCUGUCGUCACUCAAGUCCCAGACGACUACACAAACUUCAUGUAA